AUGGUUACUGCAAUUUCAUACGAUCCUAGACAAAAUCUUAACCUAAGAAAAGACCAUGGAAUUGUUGUAGUAGAAGAAAUUGAAGGUCUUAUAAAAGUUUACAACAAUGGCCACAUUGAAAGACCACCUAUUGUCCCAAAUGUCCCACCUAAUUCCCUCUCUCAUGUUACAUCCAAAGAUGUCAUUUUUCACAAUCCUACUAAUUUAUGGUCACGAAUUUACCUCCCUACCAAUAAUAAUCCUUCAAAGAAACUCCCUUUACUCAUUUAUUUUCAUGGGGGCGGUUUUUCAGUAGGCUCCGCUGCAUGGAAAUGUUACCAUGAUUUUUUAUCAACUCUUGCUUCGAAAAUUGGAGUUGUAAUUAUGUCCGUUAACUAUCGAUUAGCACCCGAAAAUCGUCUUCCUGCUGCUUACGACGAUGGAUUCCACGCUAUAACAUGGCUAAAAAAUCAAGCUAUGGUAAAUUCCAAGGAACAAAAUUGGUGGUCUAGUAAAUGCAAUUUUUCAAAUAUGUUCAUUAGUGGUGACAGUGCUGGUGCUAAUAUUGCUUAUCACGUAGCCAUUAGGCUCAAUUCGUAUAAUAAUAAUAAUAAUAAUAUCAAGCCUUUAUGUCUCAAAGGGGUUAUUUUAAUCCAACCAUUUUUCGGAGGUGAAUCGCGAACUCAAUCAGAGAAAUAUUCAGUUCAACCUCCAUACUCUGCUUUGAAUUUAUCUGCUUCGGAUACUUAUUGGCGAAUCGCGUUGCCAGUGGGCUCGAAUCGUGAUCAUCCGUGGUGUAAGCCGAGAUUGAGUAGUAUGAAACUUCCAUCUGUGUUGAUGUGUAUAUCGGAGAUGGACAUACUCAAAGAUAGAAAUUUGGAAAUGUGUGGUGUACUGGGAGAUGCUGGAAUUAAAGUGGAAAAACAUGUUUAUAAAGGUGUAGGACAUGCAUUUCAUAUUCUACAUAAUUCACCACUCUCUCAACCAAGAACUCAAGAUAUGAUGUCUCAUCUCAAGGCUUUUAUCUAUAAUCAAUAA